CAGAAAUUUAACCUCACUCAACGAUCUCUCAAAGAGAAUUAUUGAAUUUAUCCCAUGUAGAACCAUUAUUAUUAAUUAAUUUUAGACUUAUAUUAAAUAUACAAGAACAAUUAUAACAUGGGAAUAACGGGUCUACUGCCAUUCCUAGAAAAAGCCACAAAACCUUGUCAUGUUUCUGAAUUUAGGGGGUCAACAGUGGCUAUCGAUACCUAUUGUUGGCUUCAUAAAGGAGCGAAUUCCUGUGCUUUUCAGUUAGCCAGCGGAGAGGACACUAAAUCCUUAGUUAAUUACUGUAUAAAAUACAUAAACCUUCUCCAGUCCUAUGAUAUUAAGCCCAUACUAGUCUUUGAUGGGAAAAAUUUGCCUGCCAAGUCUGAAACUGAAUCUAAAAGACGUGAGGCUCGAAACAAAGCCAAACAAAGAGCUACUGAACUGCUUAAAUUAGGUAAAGCUGAUGAAGCGAGAACUUAUUUGAAGCAAAGUAUUAAUAUUACACCAGAAAUGGCUUCUUCUGUGAUAAAAGAGUGUCACAAAUUAGGUGUUGACUGCAUUGUGGCACCCUAUGAGUCUGAUGCACAAUUAGCAUUUUUUAAUCGCAAAGGGGUAGCAGAAAUUAUAAUAAGUGAAGAUUCUGAUUUGAUGCUCUUUGGUUGUACAAAAGUGUUGUACAAAUUGGACAUAAGGGGUUGUGGUUAUUUGGUUGAAGCUGAAAAAAUACCAUUAUCAAUGAAAUUAAGGCCAGAUAAAUUCACUUUUGAUAAGUUUAGGUAUAUGUGCAUUUUAUCAGGUUGUGAUUAUGUCAACUCCUUGCAGGGGAUUGGUUUAAAGAAGGCUGAAAAGUUUAUCAAACUUACUGAAGAAACUAAUCCCUUAAUUUUUUUGGACAAGGUUCCAAGAUACUUAAAUAUGCGCCAUUUAAGCAUUACUGAUCAAUACAAAGAAAGCUUUAUGUUAGCAGAUGCUACAUUUAGACACCAGACAGUAUUUGAUCCAUAUGAAAAGAAAUUAGUUCCACUUACAGAUCCAGCUGUACAUGGUACUAAUCCUAUAUAUUGUAAAAAUGCAGGACACAUUUUUGAAGACGAUCUUGCAUACCAAGUUGCAAUAGGUAAUUUGCAUCCCAGCAACCACAAAGUAUUAAAUGACUGGUCUCCUACUAAAAGUAAACUACCCAAAAAUAGUAUUUGGUCUGGAGUUUUCUCCAAAAGUAUGUCUCGAAAACAGCAACAACUACUCUUUAGAAAAAGAGAAUCUCCAAAAAAAAAUAAAGUUAUAAAUAACAAUGAUGAUGAUUAUGACGAAUGGUUAAAACAAGAAUCUGAUAUGAAAAUUGAACAAGAAAUUGCAGUAUACUUUCAGAAACCUGUGAAACGAAAUAUAGAACCAGAACCUGAAGAAAAACAGGAAGAAAAUGAGGAGAGAACCUCACCAGUAAUAAAUCAUAAUCCAUUUGUAAAAAAACUAAGCAAGUUCAAGUUAACAAAAACAGACAGUAAUGUAAUAGUAAAGAGCAGGUACUUUUUCUCACAACCUGAAACACAAAUAAUUAACCAAAAUGAAGAAAAACAAUCUGAAAAUAAUGAUACUCAAACUGAAGUAAAUAAUUCAAAUGAUACUGAAAACAUUCCUGAUAAUUCUAUUGAUUCUCCUCUUGAAGCUUUAGAAAAAAUUAAACUCGAUGAAAGUGUUUCUCAAAAAACUGUAGAAGAAGUCGAUCUGACUAAAUCCGAUGAGGAAAAAAUUACAAAAACUAUGUCUCAACCAUGUUCUUCAAAGAGUACUUUGAAUAUUAACAUAAAAAGAAAGAAACUAGGCCCUUGUAGAUCUGUAGGAUUAAAGAAGACAAAGUCUGAAGGCCAACCUACUCUUCAUAAUUUUUUUAAAAACGUAAAUAAUAAAUAAUUCCUGUGAUUUAGAUGUACUUUAUUAUGUAUCUCAUUUGUUGUGUUUUGUACCUUUUAUUAUGUUCAUUAUAUUUUAAUAAAAAAAAUUAACUGAAGCUUGACAGCUGUUUCUUUGCAACAAUAAACAUAAAUUAUCAAAACUAAACAUAGUUAUAUUUAUUAUCUAAAAAAUUAAAGCAACAAUAAAGCCUUACUCUAGAAAGUUAAAUUAAUAUUUACAAGCUUAGGAAACACCAGGGUCUUAAACACUGUGCUCUUAUGCAGAACUUUAGGCUUAUCUACAUGCACAACUUUAUCUCUGACAUCUGAUCUUGACAGGUCUCCUCUCAGGUUCAGCAGUCUUAAAAGAUGAUCAUCAGUAAUAUCAGGAUACUUUUCAACCACCCUAUGUAGCUCAAAGGAUAACAUGUCAUCAUCGCUUUUCAGCACUUCAGAGAGCAUAAUGAUGGCAUCAAAUGGGUUCUCGCAUUCUAUAUCAUUACUGAGAUUUUCAAAGAGUUUGUUGAAUCUAUUGGCUUCUUCCGAAACUUUUUGGGCAGCUUUCAUGCAUUCAUCGAAAGUUUUGAAAGAUAUGCGCCUAGACAGCAUAGCUGUAAGAUAUUUUCUACCCACUAGGGUUAAUAAUAAUUCCACUGCAUAUUUGUAGUUCGCUUCAGCUAAUCGGUUGUAAUCUUGGAAAUAAUCUUCUAUUGUAACAUAGAUUGUGUCGGCAGGGUUAGUUGGGAACCAAUGUGAUGUGAACAAUUUAUCAAAAUGUUGGUCUAUGUCUACAAAAAGUUCUUCUAGCAAGUACAUGACUGCGUCAUUCCUCAAUUUCUA